UGCGCCUCUGCUCUGGGAGCUGGGAGGCCGUCCUCGGAAUCUCUGGACUCACUCGGCUGGGAUCCAGGCCCUGGGACCGUCUCCACCGGCCAGCGAGCGUGCCUACGGACGCCAUGCGGGGGGCUUCGACGCCCCUGUCUUUGCUGCUGCUACUGCUGCUCCUGGGGUGUGGGCCGCGGGCGUCCUUUGGCGGCGGGGCCGGAGGGGCAGCAGGCUAUGCCCCGGUGAAGUACGUACAGCCCAUGCAAAAAGGACCCGUGGGACCACCCUUCCGUGAGGGCAAAGGCCAGUACUUGGAAAUGCCUCUACCGCUGCUGCCGAUGGACCUGAAAGGAGAGCCGGGCCCCCCUGGGAAGCCCGGGCCCCGAGGUCCCCCUGGUCCUCCGGGCUUCCCGGGAAAACCAGGCACUGGAAAGCCAGGGCUCCAUGGGCAGCCGGGCCCUGCCGGGCCCCCCGGCUUCUCCCGGAUGGGCAAGGCUGGUCCUCCAGGGCUCCCAGGCAAGGCCGGACCACCAGGGCAGCCAGGGCUUCGGGGGGAACCAGGGAUACGAGGGGAUCAGGGCCUCCGGGGGCCCCCAGGGCCCCCUGGCCUUCCUGGGCCCUCAGGCAUUACUGUCCCUGGAAAGCCAGGUGCCCAGGGUGUGCCAGGGCCCCCAGGGUUCCGGGGUGAGCCAGGGCCCCAGGGGGAGCCUGGGCCCCCAGGUGAUCGAGGCCUCAAGGGGGAUAAUGGGGUGGGUGAACCAGGGCUGCCCGGGGCCCCAGGCCAAGGGGGUGCUCCUGGCCCCCCUGGCCCUCCUGGCCCCGCUGGCUUGGGCAAACCAGGUUUGGAUGGGCUUCCUGGUGCCCCUGGAGACAAGGGUGAGUCUGGGCCUCCAGGAGUUCCAGGACCCAGUGGGGAGCCAGGUGCUGUGGGCCCUAAAGGACCCCCUGGAGUAGAUGGCGUGGGGGUGCCAGGGGCUGCAGGGGUGCCAGGGCCACAGGGCCCAGUGGGGGCCAAAGGGGAACCAGGGACCCGAGGCCCCCCUGGCUUGAUGGGUCCAACUGGCUAUGGGAUGCCAGGCCUGCCAGGUCCCAAGGGGGACAGGGGCCCAGCUGGGGUCCCAGGGCUCUUAGGGGACAGGGGUGAGCCAGGUGAGGAUGGGGAGCCCGGAGAGCAGGGCCCACAGGGCCUUGGGGGCCCCCCCGGACUUCCUGGGUCUGCAGGGCUUCCUGGCAGACGUGGACUCCCUGGGCCUAAGGGGGAGGCAGGGCCUGGAGGACCCCCAGGGGUGCCUGGCAUUCGGGGUGACCAAGGUCCUAGUGGGCUGGCUGGGAAACCUGGGCUCCCAGGUGAGAGGGGACUUCCUGGGGCCCACGGACCCCCUGGACCAACUGGGCCCAAGGGUGAGCCAGGUUUCACAGGCCGCCCUGGAGGACCGGGCGUGGCAGGAGCCCUAGGGCAGAAAGGUGACUUGGGACUCCCUGGGCAGCCUGGUCUGAGGGGCCCCUCAGGAAUCCCAGGGCUCCAGGGCCCAGCUGGCCCUAUCGGGCCCCAGGGUCUCCCAGGCCUGAAGGGUGAACCAGGCCUGCCAGGGCCCCCUGGGGAGGGGAAAGUGGGGGAGCCCGGCACAGCUGGACCCACGGGACCUCCUGGGGUCCCUGGCUCCCCGGGACUCACAGGCCCUCCGGGGCCUCCUGGGCCUCCGGGACCUCCUGGCGCCCCGGGAGCCUUCGAUGAGACUGGCAUUGCGGGUUUGCACCUGCCCAAUGGUGGCGUGGAGGGCGCUGUGCUGGGCAAGGGGGGCAAGCCACAGUUCGGGCUGGGCGAGCUGUCGGCCCACGCCACGCCCGCCUUCACUGCCGUGCUCACCUCGCCCUUCCCUGCCUCGGGCAUGCCCGUGAAGUUCGACCGGACUCUCUACAACGGCCACAGCGGCUACAACCCCGCCACCGGCAUCUUCACCUGCCCCGUGGGCGGCGUCUACUACUUUGCGUACCACGUGCACGUGAAGGGCACCAGCGUGUGGGUGGCCCUGUACAAGAACAACGUGCCUGCCACCUACACCUACGAUGAGCACAAGAAAGGCUACCUGGACCAGGCGUCCGGCGGGGCCGUGCUCCAGCUGCGGCCCAACGACCAGGUCUGGGUGCAGAUGCCCUCGGACCAGGCCAACGGCCUCUACUCCACCGAGUACAUCCACUCCUCCUUCUCCGGAUUCUUGCUCUGCCCCACAUAGCCCGCGGGCCUGUCACCCUGUGUCACCCUGGCCUCCUCCCUUAGUGGUAGAGUGACCUUUUCAGUUACAGAGAACCUCCAUUUAAAGAAAAAACACCCCAAAGGCUGAGCAGAGGUGGCCAUGGCCUUGGCCCGAGGAGACCGGCUGGCUCUCUCCCUCCGUGCACCCCAGGUGGCUUCUGGAAGGGGCGGCCUCUGUCCCUCUCCCCUAAGUUUCUGCAGUGUCCGACCCUGGUCAGUCUUCAGGCAGGGCCCCAGAACCUAGCCCAGCCCCGAGUCCCGGACUCUGCUGGGCCCUGAAGGAGCAGAGGGGGCUGCGCUCCCCCAUCCACCCACAUGGGGACCUACUGUGGCAGCUGCUCAAGGACUGGGGCGCGGCCUCCCUCCCAGUCCUGGCCCAGCUCUUCCAGCUCCUCCGGGGGCCUCUGCAAUGUGACAGUGGGUUCCCUCAAGUUUUGCUUCCCUCCAGGAGAGGGGGAAAGGACCAUUGAGGUGGCCAUUGUGGACGCCCUGCCAGGACUGUGACACCGGGACGGCGAAGUGGCAUGGGCCUGCCCACAGCAGGAAGUCGGUCCUCUCUGCAGGCCUCCUAGGAGGGCUGCCCCUCCUGCUGCUCCAGCCGUGGGGACAGGUGGCUGUGGGACAGGGCCGUGGACCUGAGGCAGGACGGCAGCUCUGGUUGUUUGGCAGGAGGGCGGCUGCACAGGCCCCCGGGGGCUGCCGCAGGCGAGGAAGGCCAGGCCCCGUGAGGUGUCUAGAAGCAGUAGCCGAUCACCGACCCGAGCGCCCCCUCACAGAGGGGGGCUGCUCUUCUCACACCAGGUGAGGGACCCUGGCUGAAGUACCUCCACGGCAGAGCACCCCCUUGUCUUCUGCACAAGGUGCCGCUCUCGGGCGGAGGGGAACAUGGAACGAGGGGCUCACCUGUGGGGUGUCAUCUCCUUCCACUCAGGGCUCCCAUUUCCUGUCCUAAGGGGGGUCGGGGCCGACAGGCCAAGGCUCUGAGGGAAGGAGUGACGAAGGUAGGUCUGGACCAGCUCCAGUUGUUCCUGCCACCACCCCCACCCCUCUGUACAAGUGAGAAGCGGGGCCAAGAACAGGGCCCGGCAGGGCGACUGCCGGCCCUCCCCCGUGCGUUUCCCAAGUGGCUGCUCUGUUCACUUUCAGGAAGACGAAAACCCCACCUGCCCAUGUGACACUAAUUGAAGAAAAGGUUUUGGCUGGAGUUCAGGUCAAUUUUUUAUCCCGACACACAGGAAAAACAACUAAUCUCAAAUCGUAUCUGGGUGGUGGGGGAGCCCAUCCCACCUCCCUCCCUGGGGCAAAGCCACUGUACUCUGAUGUGUUAGGGCCGGUCCUGCCUGGUCAGGGGAAGCCCAGGGAUGCCCAGGGCUCUAAGUCGGGACCAGGGAACCCAGAAGGAGCGAGGCUUCUGCCAGGUGUCACUCCUGGAGCCUUGAGGGUGGGCUGGCUGCCGUUUCUGAGAUGUUUAUGGGACUUGGGCUGUAGGUGUCCACUGACUGACUAGCUUUGAUAAACGAUGUCAGGUCCUAACUAGGAAAACUACAUUACCUUGUACAUUUUUAUAUUGAUUCCUAAUUUUUUUUUUAAAGAUUAAGGUUUAAAUGUUUUCCGUUAGUAAUUUCAUUCCUAACCUGGUACAGAAAACUUAGUUCUCUACCUACUCGUCACGUGCUGUGUCAGAUCUGGGAAACAUGCACUCGGCAGUCACAGAACACGGGCCUUCUUCCUGAAAAGCAAGCACAGUAUUGACUGUACUCACACCGCCUCAAUAAAACCUGUUGUGUAAAACAGCCCUGUGC